AAUUCGGAGAUCCUGCAUCAUAAUUAGCUUGAAAUAAAGAACUUGAAUUUCAAUUUCUCGCCGUGCUGUUUCUGUUCUCAGGUUUGAGCCUGUUUCGUCAUCGUCUCUCAAGAAUCGUCGUAUGGAAAGCUGCGAGCGCGUGAUGAGCUUAUCUUUACCGGGUAUGCCUAUGAAUCAAAAGUACUGACUCUUGCAUCAAUUCAUGUUUGGCAUUCUAAAUAGACCUCACUAGCCUUUUUUUUUCAACGUGUGCAAACGCAAAGAUGAUGCGAAGUAGCCUGCUGCUCUUCGUGCUGGGCUUGAUCAUGCCUGCAGUGGCCUUCAAAGACAUCAGCAGCCACUCCGGUGCUGGCCCUGUCGAGGUCAUCACAGUCGCGACAGAAAGUGGCGUUCCCGAUGCUCUUGCUGCGCGAAGAUAUGCCGAAGCUCGCCGAGCCGAAUCAGCCGCAUUGGCUGCUGUGGCAAGUACUCGCUCGAGGGCUUACCGCAACCUGGAGCAAAUGCUGACCACAGAGCGUCUCUCUGCAGCACAGCUCGGCUGAUCCCAUGAGCCGGAUCCACAUUCAUAGAUACUAUGAUCUUUCCGUCGACAACAAAGAGAUGAAGUAAAAAUAUGCGAAGCUAGAGGAUUACCAAUUUCGUUUUUUCACUUCGAGUGUUCACCUACUGAUUCAAAAAUAGUGUCGUCUUCGAUUUCAACUUCACAGCGUCAGCGGCUUUCCUUGGUUUUACAGUCAUGACUCCAAGAAAAGCGGUCUUACAUCAAACCUAGUUUUUCUUUCUUUUAACACCUAACGAAAAUGACUUUGAAGUCACUGUGCGCCAUCGCCUUGGGCUCUUACGCCGUGGCUGAAGGUGCCAAGCCGGUCGUCGAAUUGUCGAUUGCCUCCGCCUCGACCCCCUUCCCGGCUGUUUCCGAUGCUAUCGCUAGCGCGGAGUCCUCGCGUGCAGCUGCCCUUCGACAGGCGUCGGCUGAGGUCGAUCAGGCAUACAAGGAGACCCUUGGGCAGGCCUCGGUAACGCUUGGCAACACGAUUGCGAAAGCGCUGGGGCGAACGUCAUUCGCAAAUAUUGCUGAGCCAACUAUCUCGGUUUCUCUUGCCAAAUCUGCUUCCGAUGAAGCUGCAGGCGCCUCGGCCGUGAAAAGUGUGGAGGGAAAGCGCGCGGGUGCUGCGGCUGCUCUUGUCGCGUCCGCAAAGAAGGAGUUCCAGGAGGUCGCGAAGGUUGUGAUUGCAGAGUUCGAACGCCAGGUCAAAGGGAAGGCGAGCUUUUUGCGUUUUUCCCGUGAGAUUAACGUCCGCGCAGUCGCUGAUCCGAGUUAUGCGACAAUUUCGGGUUUGAUCCAGGGAAUGGAAUCACGCCGAGAUUCCGAGGAAGCUCGCCUGCGCAGUCAAAUUCUUCUUCGCGAGCUCGACUUGGUCCGCGCGCUCAACCGAGUUGGCGCUUCCGCCUUGUCUAAGUAA